AUGUCGCGAGCCAUUGGCGUGGCUGGAACCUUUGCUGCGCGGGCCCGACAAGGCAUAUCAGAAAUGGCUCCAGAGGCUUCUCACAAAGCGGCCUAUGCAUCCGCUGAAAUGAAGCGUGCCGCUGCCGCUGCAAGUCACGCUGCAGUUUGGGCGCGGCAGAGCGUAACGCAUGCGGCAGACAAAGCGGUCACGACAAAAAGCGUGGAGCGCGCAAAGACCGCAGCCAGCAGCGCAAUGAGUGCUGCACGAGUCAGCGUGACCAGUGCAGCUCACAAGGCCGAGGGUGCCAAGUCGAUGGUCAGCGAGGCAGCUGGGGCAGCCAGGAACAGUGUUGCCCAUCUGGUAUCUACUUCGGCAGCGUCAGACGCUGUGGAAAAUUCUGGGCGCGUGGCACGCCAGAUGACCAGCGAAGCCAAGCAGAAGGUUUCGGGAGCAACUGAAGCUGCGAAGGCCCAGAUCGCCUCGAUGUCCAAGGGCAUGGCCGGAUUUUUCAGAAAAUCAUAG